AUAUAUUCCUUGGGCAGAGUGGGGUUCUACAGAAAUUACGUUAGAUACAUACGAACAUAGUUGUUAGUCUUAAUUUGUUGGUGAAGUGAAAUAGAAUAAAAAGCCAGUGGAAGUUUCGAAUUUUUAUCUACGCUGGUUAUUGAUUCAUGCAGGAAACAUUCGACAGAACGGAAACGGAGAAAAAGGAAAUAAUCUUGGAAUAGAUCACUCUCUCGUACAAAAAUCUGCGUUAAAUCUGAACAUUUGAGAGCAUUUCAAGAUGAACGGGACGGAGUUCAUGAACGCCACUGGCCCUGAGCAUUGGGUCACUUUCAGCUUCGAAACGACCGACUUCAUCUGGGAUACUUACUUGUGGAUGAGGGAUCACUGGUGGAAAUGCUUCUACUACACUGCCAUUUAUCUGAUUGUUAUUUUCGGAGGGAAACGUUAUAUGUCUGACAAGCCGAAGUUCAAUCUGAGAAAUGCUCUUGCGUUGUGGAGCGCAUCGCUGGCACUGUUCUCCAUUAUAGGAUUUACGAGAACGGCGCCGGAAUUUUUCCACGUGUUACAGCAUCACGGGUUUUACUAUAGCGUUUGCUCGAACAGUUACUACACGCAUGACCGUGUUUGCGCCUUUUGGUCAUGCCUAUUCGCCCUGUCGAAGAUCAUAGAACUUGGGGAUACGGUGUUCAUCGUCCUACGAAAACAGCAGUUGAUAUUGUUGCACUGGUACCAUCACAUAACAGUCAUCUACUACACGUGGCACGCAUACGCACUACUAGUCGGUACAGCCAGAUGGUACAUUGUGAUGAACUACUUCGUCCACUCUUGGAUGUAUUCAUACUACGCCGCAAAAGCAAUGGAAUUCAAACUGCCGAAAUGGUUUGCCAUGAUAAUCACCACGAUGCAGCUACUGCAAAUGGUCGUUGGCACUUUCGUGACAGGGGCGACGUAUUACUACCUAAAGGAGGGCCAGAAGGAAUGCCACGCGACGGUUCUCAACUCCACCUUCGGUCUGCUUAUGUACCUUAGUUAUUUCGUUCUGUUUGCCAGAUUAUUCCAAAAGUCUUACCUGUCCAGCAACGAACAAAAACCUCGCGCCAAAGAGAGGCAGAAUCAGGCUGAGGAUCACGAAAACAAGAUCAAAACUAAUUAGAGCGCAGUUUGAAGAUUUUCGCGAAGCAUUGAGUUGAAGAGACCGUUUUUCUAUGGAUGAUAAAUGUUUCUUGGAGAUUCUUUUUUUUCAAUUCUCUUUGGAGAAAUUUUAAGAAAUUUUUUUUUAGAGAAAAUCUUUUUAAGAGACUUUCUUUUAAAGAAAAGAGUUUUUUUAGAGGAAAAUUUCAAAAGACUUUCUUUUUCUAAAAAGACAUUUGGAGUCUCUUCCUUGCAAGUAUGUAUCUGUCGAUUUGAAGCUCGGAGUGAUAGAUGUUAAUUGCAGAUCAGAAAUAAAGGAAGAAAUUAUGGGAGAAAAUGAGACACCGUGAAUUUUUAUAGUGUUUAUAGCUUAAGUAAGUUACGAUGCUUAAUUUCAUUCAGCGCGAGAAAAUUUUCUCCUGUCGAGAAGAGGCUUGAAAUUUCUUUAAAUCUCUUUAAAUGGCUCUCUAUCGUGGAAUUAACACGUCACAGAAAUAAUGUAAUUUCAUAAUGCAUCACAAUGUACAAAAUUUGUAUUUAAUCGAAUUGUAAUCACAAACUUUGUGAAUAAAAAGAUUCUGACGUUACAACGAA